AUGGGGAACUACUCCUCCCGAAGAAGAUCCGCCGCCGCCGCCGCAGCAGCCGGCGGAAAGAUCAUCCUCGCCGACGGCAAAGUCGAGAGGGCCGCUCCCUCGACGACAGUGGGGGAGCUCAUGCUCGAGCACGCCCAGCAGUUCGUCGUCGACUUCCAGUCCCUCCUCACCGGCGGCAAAGCCACAGCUCUCCCCGCAGACCGUCAGCUCUCUCCCCACGGCGUCUACGUGAUGGCCCCCAUGAAAGCAGGCAAGUCGCCGGCGCUGUCCUCCGCCGAGGCCCGAGAAGAGCUCUCCAGAGUCCGCUCCAUCUUGAAGUCUUCCUCUUCCUCUUCCUCUUUCUCUUCCUCCUCCCUUCUCUGCUGGUACGUUCUCUCCUCCGGGAAGAGCGCGAUUCGGCCGGCCGCCGGCGGCGAGCUCGCGUCCAAGGUGCCUUCAGGAACCUUAAAGUCGCCGGAGAUUCCACCGGUCUUCGCCGGCGAGUCGCCAGAGUUUCUCGCCCGGCAGGUUUCCUGCAAGGGAUGGAAGCCGAGCCUCUACACCAUCGAGGAGAGGAAGCUGAAGAAGGACCCCCACUGGCUGUUCUGA